AUGCCUUUUUGUCAAUCUUUAUUCUCUAAUACACACUCUCUCUCUUUCUUUCUCUUUCUCACUAUCUCUGUUUCUGUUUCUGUCUCUGUCUCUGUCUCUCUCUCUCUCUCUAUCUCUCUCUAUCUAUCUAUCUAUCUAUCUAUGUGUGUGUAUGUCUUUCUGACUCUUGCUUCUCAUACUCUCUUGUUCCUUAUUUUUCCUUCAGCUGCUGUCUCUUCCUCUUCUUCUCACGGUAUUUUCUACUCACUCCAUACUCUCCCCAAAUCUCAGUUGUUUUACCCCCCGCUUUCUUUUUUCAUGCUUGCUUCGUUUCCUUUUCUCUUUUUAAACCCCUUUCUCUUUUUACUUUUUUUUCCCUUUCUUUCUUUUUCCUUUUUUUUUUUUUUUUUUUUCAUACUUCAUUUUCUUCUUUGGCCACAGCCGGCUCUCAAGAUAGGACAUCACGAUAAUUUGCUAUAUGUGUAUUUGAACCACAUUCAAAGAAAACAAAAGACACUAUCUGAUGAAUACACAAUUUUUCCCGCUUCAACAGUCAUUCAUGAUUAUCUCUUAAACCGCGUACUGAAUCGAAUAUAUCGAUGUAUCUCUCUCUCUCUCUCUCUCUCUCUAUCUAUCUAUCUAUCUAUCUAUCUAUCUAUCUUUUCUAAUAUUUAUGAAAAUUAUUUACUUGAUCUAUGUCUAUUAAUUCCAUAUACGCUUUCUACGCCCUUUCUAUAUUUCUUUCACCUCUCUCUCUCUCUCUCUCUCUCUCUCUCUCUUUCUCUCUUCAGUAUUUAA